AUGAAACCUGAAAUGUUCUCGAUAACUAACUUAUCAAUCAUUUCUCUACUUAUUACAUUUCAACUUCUGCCCAUCUUCCAUCAUAUUUAUGUCUUAGGAGAUGGUGAAGUAACUACGGUAACAGCACAUGAUGGACUAACUACAGAAACUCAACCGGAUGGGUUAACAGCAGGAACUCAACUGGAUGGACUAACGACAGGAACUCAACCGGAUGGACUAACGGCAGUAACUGAACAGGGUGCAGGAACUGAUGAAUCUAUGCGUUUACUGCCUCUCAUUCAUGAACAUUCACCAUCGGAAAAAGAUUGUGAUGCAGCAAUAACUGAUCCGGCAGUAGCAACCGAAUUAACUUCAAAACCAUACACUGUUGAUUCUGAUAAAGCAGAUGCAAAUAUUAGCAAUUCAUGUGAGGAUAUCAAACAACGUGGAUUAUAUCCGGAAAAUCCUGCAAGUGAUGACGAGAAAGAUUUUCCAAUUGUUUUCAUCCGAGUUGUUUACAGAGCCUAUCACAUCCAGGAAUUGCUAUUUAAUUUGAUGUAUGCUCCACAGAAUUUAUAUUGCUAUGCGUUGGAUAGUAAAUCAAGUCCACUAUUUCAUGAACAAAUGAGAAAUUUGUCAAAAUGUUUCCCAAAUGUAAUUUUAACUGAAAAUGAAUAUGAAGUGGACGGUGCAGGACAUAAUAUGACUAAAAGUUAUAUGAAAUGUUUGGAAACUGUAUCAGAGAAACCUGCAUGGAAAUAUGCUAUCUUACUUCAGAAUGAUGAUUUCCCAAUAAAAAGUAAUUAUGAAUUGGUCAAAAUAUUGGAUAUACUUAAUGGUAGUAAUGCAAUUAAUGUUGGAAGACCAUAUCGUCAUCGUGUACCGCAACAUAUCGAUUGGAGUUAUGCUGGUUUAAACCUUUUUAAAGAUUCAAGCAAAAAUGUUCCCGAUUCACGUCUAAAACUUGCUAAAGGAAGUCCAUCUGUUGCAUUGUCGAGAGGUUUUGUAGAGUAUGUAACGAAUGAAUUGAAUUUAACAACACUUAUUAACAUUUUUGACUCGAAACCAUUUGGAACUGAUGAAAUGAUCUUCCAAAGUUUACAUUCCGAUGAUGCUUUAGAUGCUCCUGGUGGCUUUACAAGAAAAUGCCUUGAUGAACAAAGCGAUUUUACCACUAGAUAUGUAUCGUGGUCCUGGUCAAAUCGAACAUGUAAAAGUGGCAAUUAUCGACAUAGUGCAUGCGUAUUUGGUGUUGCUGAUUUGAAUCAUUUGGAAAAUAUUCAGCAUUUAUUCGCUAAUAAAAUGUUAUCAGAAAAUGAUUAUGGAGCGAUUGCUUGUUGGGCAAUGCGUUUCUCUAAACGAAUUGCAAGCAAAUCAACUGUUGAUUUCGAGAGUUACAAGCAAAGUCAAAUUGUACGAUUUAAUCAUGAUAAAGAAAUGUGGAGAAAAAAUAUAUCAGUGUUUGAGUGCUAA